AUGGUUUAUCCAGCACGCUUUCAAGCGYCACAAGCUAACGCGCUGCAGCUGUCCUACUCGGCGAGGCAUACACCAUUGCCGCAGAAACCGCGCAUGAUAAUACAACUGCCCUCCUGGAAGAGUAUACGACGCACGGCCGGCGAAAUCAGCGCCUCCGCCUGGGAGCUGGCCUUCCGCUUUGGCCAGARYACRACAAUACACGGCGUAAAUCGGCUGUUCAGCAGGCGCGCCGGAAAGUAUGAACGCUGCGUCUGGUUCCUAACCGUCAYGCUCGCUCUACUCGGCGCCACUUACGUCAGCCUCUUGCUUUCCGAACGUUUCAGCGAAGGCCGUUUAGAAACUGUAGUGGAUAGCACUCGCUAUCCCAUCUAUCACAUCAGCUUUCCGGUAGUGUCGAUUUGCAACAUGAAUCAACUGAAUUGGCAGAGACUGGAAGAGGCUAAACAUCGUUAUCUCGAGCCCGAUGUGACACCGGAAAAUCAAGAACUCUUCGAGCGUGUUAUUGGCAGUUUUGAUAACAUUAAGUUUGCCGGCUUUGAGAGUUUUAUGAUAUUCAAAAACAUCUCUCUCGAUGCACUGAACUACGUCAACUUUACCGAAGUAAUGAUUUUUAUGACUUGGCGUUGCGAGGAGUUCUUGAGUCAUUGUAUGUGGAAUCAUUUCCCUAUGAACUGUUGUGACAUCUUCUCUUUGCGACGCAGCAAAAAUGGUCUCUGUUGGGCUUUYAAUACUUUGGAAACGGAUGAGGGACGUCAGAAGCAAAAGGUUGACUCGCUGUGGCCUUGGCAUACAGGCGCCGCCAGUCCGGGUAGUGGACUCAUCGUACGCGCACUUAUCAAUCCUAAGAAACACAAUCCAAGCAGCACCAACGAGAAGGGGGUAAAUGUAAGAUGA